AAAAUUAUGCAGCCAAAAGCAAGAGGAUCAAGAAAACAUCAUUUUUUUAAUUAUACUGAUCAAUAAAUUGAUAAUUAACAUUGUGAUUGAUAUGUGUGUGUGUGUGUGUGUGUGGAAAUCAUCUCCACUAACCACAGUCGGGCCAUUGAAUUUGAGACCUGGUCACCUGGUAAUGGAAAGCACAACUUCGGCGGUCCUUGUUCUCUCCAUUUGGAAAACAGAACAAACCAACAAACGUGUCAUUGUUUAUUAAUGACAAGAAUACUGUCGGUUUCCGUGUAUUAAAGACUCAAUGAAACUGACAAUAAAAUCCUACUCAGAGAAACGCAACUUUGCACUUUUGCGUAUCCCACCUUGCGCCUCUUCAUCCUGCAUGCCUAAUUAAUUGAACCGCACUUUAGUCAAACCCCUUCGUAAUCUUCUUUUCCUUCUUUGAUCCUUUCUUCUUCUGAGUUCUUUAGACCCCUUCCGUAUCGAUAAGGAGGAUCUAUGCGUAAGAAUCUGAAAAGAAGAUAUGAGGGAAUGGGUCCAUGUUGCUGUGGUGGCAGGCUCGUUGGGAUGUGUUUCAACCCUUUUACUGGUUUGGAUUUGGCGAUGGUGUUAUCACAAACAACGUAAAACUUUCGUUGAACCAGUUAGUCUGCAAUCAGGUAUUACUAGACUCCAUCAGGGGAAUUAUCAUGAGUUUGGUGGUGGGGACUCUAGAAAACCUCUGUUCAACUGGUCUGAUCAUCCCUCCCUAGCUGCUGAUGCUGUAGAGAACGGCUGGUCUCGAUUUGGUUUUUCGGGCUACAAGACCUGCGUAUCGUCUCCACCGAAAAGAACAGGACUUUUGGGAUUGGGAGUGUGCGGUUCUGCUUCAGGUGAUCACGGAAGUGAAGAAAUAGAGGCUGAGAUAAGCUGGGAAAUGUGUCAGGGAUCGGUUGACUUCAUGCAAAAGAUAAGAUUGAACCCUGGCCUCAAAAGGAUUCAUCCAAAUAAUCCUUCCGUGAGUGUUUUCUCUGUGAUAAGGACGGCUCUGCCUCUGCCCGGUCCUCCUUUGGGAAACGACUCUUUCCCACAAGAAGCUUAUUUUGAAAUCACGGUUCUAUACGCUUCUGGUGCUGAUGAUUAUGAAUGGGAUGGUAAGAACAAAGAAGGGGAGAGGAUUAAACUCAUCCAAGAAUAUUCAAAUUCUAAAGGGAACCACAUUGAAGAAAUGAGAGUCGUCGAAGGUAUAGAGAAGGAAAAGCGCGAAUCUGCGAUGUUCUCAGUGGGGUUAACAUCAGGAGACUUUGCUCCUCUGAAAACUCCGGGCAGCUACGCAGGAAGCAUCGGGUUCAACUCAAACGGUUCUGUCUUUCUUGAAGGAACGAAACUGGUAAUGGAAUCAGAGAAAGUAGAGUGGGUAGGAAGUAACAAAGUAAUAGGUUGUGGAUAUGAUCCGAGGAUGAAGAAGGUUUUCUUCACAAUGGGAUCUGAAUUGGUGCAUGUAAUCCAGUGCUAUUCAGAGGAAUUUGGUGCACCACUGUAUGCAACAUUAGCUGCAAAUAUAGACAUAACGUUAUUGGUGAAUUUUGGGCAAUGUGCAUUCAAGUAUGGACCUGCAAAUGUACAAAGAACCCCUAAUCCAUGCUUUAUAGCCCCUCUAGUAAAUCCUCGUCCUACUGCUACCCUGGGCUACGAUGAUAGCAAAGAGCUCUUCUCUAUGGGAAGAAUUGAUCCUCAGUGGCAUCAUGUGGCUACCCCUAAAGGAAGCCACAAUAAUAAUGGGGUCGUAGAUUUUGAUGACGAGUCUGAGGCUGAUCUAUUUGAAAUCGUCUUGGAUCGUUCCCAAAAAGUCCCAACCUCACCAUUCUAGCUAGCUUCAGUGGCUCAAGUGUUAUGUUUGUUCACUGUUUCUCAUCAUCUUGGUGAGGUUUUAGGGCAGCCAACUCCUUUAUUAUUAUUUUUAACAGAUCAUUUUAGUGCACCCAGAAACUGGUUCAUAUCCAUGGAACAAUUUGCUGUCAUCCAUUGCGAAGGCUCUAAUUUUCUUGUCUUCCGCGUACGACCCAAUAAGUCAUGUAAAUUUAUUUUUAUCCUUUUCCUUCUUCCUAUCUGUUUUUUGUGGGCUGAUCUGUGUAUUGGGAGAGAACCGUCCUUCCCUGUGAAAUUUGUUCUCAGAGGUUAUUUAGGAAACAAGUGGAUACAUUCUGAUGUAUAAACUAGCAAUACGUAUGCUUAGCUGAUUUGCAUGAUA